UAAUCCUCUACCGCACUCACUUCAUCAAUCCAUCCUCCAGCCAUCUAUCUUCGAUUGCUGGAGUUUUCUCUCAUCCUCAAUCUCCCUUCCCCAAUAUUCUAGACCGCGUUUAACCGUUCGUCCACCAUGCGAGGCGAAGUGUGCCAUAUUCAUAUCGGUCAGGCCGGCGCUCAGCUCGGUAACAGUGCCUGGGAGCUCUACCUUCUAGAACAUGGCCUCAAGGCCGACGGUCAUCUGAGUCCGGAGGGGGAGGACAUCAACGCCGGUGGUUCGUUUGAGACCUUCUUCAGCGAGACCAGCGGCGGCAAGUAUGUGCCUCGCUCUAUCUUCGUUGAUCUGGACCCGUCGCCCAUUGAUGAGAUCCGGACCGGCCCCUAUCGCCAGCUCUUCCACCCUGAAAUGUUGAUCAGUGGCAAGGAGGAUGCCGCCAAUAACUAUGCUCGUGGCCACUACACCGUUGGAAAGGAGUUAGUUGACAACGUGGUGGACCGCAUUCGCCGUGUUGCCGACAACUGCGCGUCCCUGCAGGGCUUCUUAGUCUUCCACUCCUUUGGCGGUGGUACGGGCUCCGGUUUUGGAGCGCUACUCCUCGAGCGUCUCUCCACCGAGUACGGCAAGAAGGCCAAGCUCGAGUUCGCCAUCUACCCUUCUCCUCGCGUCUCCACGGCGGUCGUCGAGCCAUACAACGCCGUCCUGUCCACCCACAGCACCAUUGAAAACUCCGAUUGCACCUUCUUGGUGGACAACGAGGCCGUCUACGACAUCUGCCGUCGCAACCUGGAUAUUCCUCGCCCUGGGUAUGAGCACCUGAACCGCCUGAUCGCCCAAGUCGUCAGUUCCAUCACCUCCAGCCUCCGCUUCGAUGGUGCCCUGAACGUCGACUUGGCCGAAUUCCAGACCAACCUGGUGCCCUUCCCGCGUAUCCACUAUCCCUUGAUCUCGUAUGCCCCGGUGGUAUCGAGCAACCGCAGCUCGCACGAGAGUUUCAAGAUCCAGGACCUGACCUUCCAGUGCUUCGAGCCCAACAACCAGAUGGUCGUCUGUGACCCGCGGAACGGCAAGUACAUGGCGGUCGCGCUGCUGUACCGGGGCGACGUGGUGCCGCGCGACUGCACACAGGCCGUCGCCGCGCUCAAGACCAAGGCAUCGUUCAACCUGGUGGACUGGUGCCCCACGGGCUUCAAGCUGGGCAUCAACUACCAGAAACCCGUGCGCGUGCCCGACACCGAGCUGGCUCCGGUCGAGCGGUCCGUCAGCAUGCUCUCCAACACCACCUCGAUCGCCGAGGCCUGGGGCCGUCUCGAUCACAAGUUCGACCUCAUGUACUCCAAGCGCGCGUUCGUGCACUGGUACGUGGGCGAAGGCAUGGAGGAGGGCGAAUUCUCGGAGGCCCGGGAAGAUCUGGCGGCGCUGGAGAAGGACUACGAGGAAGUGGCCGGCGACACCUUGGACCCGGAGGCCGACGUGGAGGGCGAAUACUGAUUGCCCGCCCUCCAUGGUGCCUUGCGUUCUGCGGCGAUUUGUCUGGUUUAUCUCUUUUUGUCAUCCUUCAUGGGAAUGAUGGGACUCUGCGUUCGACACCCCCUUCUGUUCUUGUUUCCAGCGUUGUCGCCUCCGUUUGUGGUGUAUGGUGUAUCUAAUCGAUUCGUUGAAUCGACCUCGUAAUUUUGUUUGCUCAAGUAGUAUGGCUCGAUUGAACCGUAGACUCUAUCCAACGUCG